GUUUUCUGAGAGCAGCCUCCUUCCUGUAGCCCGGUUGAGGAAGUGAAUUUCGCUGACAGGGCUGGGUUCAGUGAGGGAGAGGCGAACAAAACAUCUUCCGAGGGGGACUAAAAAUACAACAAAACAACACGAAACAAGGGAAGACGUUUGUUACAUCACUGUAACGCGAAAGUGUAAAGUCAUCGUGCUCCCCUGCCCCGCUGAGACCGUCACAGACCGUCGCAGACAUGAAUGAGCAGCAGCUGGACUGUGCCCUGGACCUGAUGAGGCGUCUGCCUCCUCAGCAGAUCGAGAAGAACCUCAGUGACCUCAUUGACCUGGUGCCCAGUCUGUGUGAGGACCUCCUCUCCUCUGUGGACCAGCCCCUGAAGAUCGCCCGGGACAAGGUGGUGGGCAAAGACUAUCUGCUCUGUGAUUACAACCGAGACGGUGACUCCUACAGAUCCCCAUGGAGUAACAAAUAUGAACCUCCCAUUGAAGAUGGUGCCAUGCCUUCAGCUCGCUUGAGGAAACUCGAGGUCGAAGCCAAUAACGCCUUUGACCAGUACAGAGACCUGUACUUUGAGGGUGGUGUGUCCUCCGUGUACCUUUGGGACUUGGAUCAUGGCUUUGCUGGAGUUAUUCUCAUCAAGAAGGCCGGGGACGGAUCCAAGAAGAUCAAAGGGUGCUGGGACUCCAUCCAUGUGGUGGAGGUGCAGGAGAAGUCAAGCGGUCGCAAUGCUCACUACAAACUCACCUCCACCGUCAUGCUGUGGCUCCAGACAACUAAGACCGGCUCUGGUACCAUGAACCUGGGAGGCAGCCUUACGAGACAGAUGGAAAGAGAUGACCAGGUUGGAGAGAACAAUCCCCACAUCGCCAACAUCGGCCGCCUUGUUGAAGACAUGGAGAAUAAGAUUCGCUCCACACUGAAUGAAAUCUACUUUGGCAAGACCAAGGACAUCGUCAACGGCCUAAGAUCUAUUGAGUCACUGCCUGAUAACCAAAAGUACCGGCAGCUCCAGAAGGAGCUGUCACAGGUGCUCACCCAGCGUCAGAUCUUCAUUGACUAGUGUCAGAGGAGUGUUCAGACUUUGGGUGAGAAGUCAAAGCAGGAAGCUCUGAAGUUAAACCUGGUGGAGGCACUCAAACGCAAAACGCAACAUAACCCCUAGAGAUGCUACUGUUGUUUUUAUUCUUCUGUCUCUCUCUCUCUCUCUCUCUCUCUCCCACUCUCUCCGCCUCAUCUCUGCCAUCUUUUCUCUGUUUCUUUACGUCCCUCCCUCCAUGCCUGUUUCAGUGCUGCACUCUGUUUUUUGUGGGGAAAAAAACAAAAAAGGAGAAAAUGCUUAGCUUUUUAUUUGUUCUUUUCGUUUUGUUUUUCCUGUCAAAUCUUGUUUUCAUGCAUCUCAUCUGCCAUGAAGCCAUUCACUCACCCCGCUCCCUCUGUCUUCUCUUCACCUCUCUUCUUCUCUCUGUCUCUUCUCUUCCAUGUUAUGAAUAUAAUGAUAGUAUUACCACGGUUAAUGAUAAUCUUACAGUGUGAAAUAAUCCCUGAUGUUCUCACUGCUGAUGUGACCUCAGUCGCUUUGAAACGAGCGGCUGUCUCCCCACACCUCCUCAGUGACGAGGAAACAGACAGUGUCUCCUGUGGGGCUGUCAUUAUUAUGUACAUCAAAUUUAAUUCUUGCACCUAUUUUUGUCUACAACACCCCCCAUGAUAUAUUUGUAUAAAGAAUAUGACUGUCCGUGUACAACUGUCGUUAUUCUGGGCGAUGUGAACAGUGUGAACACUAGGGCGGCCUUUAGCUAAUGUGUCACUCUGAACUCCACUUUGUCACAUGCAUGUGCGCCUGUGUGGGAGCAUAUGGGCUGCAGUGAGUGGAAAUGUAGACUUAUCAAAACAUGGGCAUGGACUGUUAUAAUCACCAGGUGAUGGCACCCACGUUGUCAACCCGACUCCCUACACGGUGUAUAACAUGACAGUUUGCAUCCCAUCUGUUCGGCUUCUUCAACCUUUCUCUCUCUUCACUUACUACGUCAAUGUUGGGGGUCACAGUUUGUCUUUUUGUCUUAUAGCGGAAACAUCCAACUGUUUCCAUUUUGGAGGGGAAUCUUUUGUUGUAUUUUGUUUUGUUUUUAUUUUGUAAAGCUUAUGAUUCAUAUUGUAUUAGAGCCUCCAGCAACAAUAAAAACGGCAAAAAGCUA